ACUGCCGCGCUCCGACCACCCCACAGCAGCUCCAGCGACAAUCCAUCGGUGCUGGUCUGGAGAACUUUCCGUUUCCCUCGCCUCAGACGUACCACCGGUGCUAAAGUGAGUGCUGCAGUGCGACUGGAGUGUCACAUGUGUGCGGAUACCGGCGAGGCCUGAACUUGCGGACACUUUUCCCACUUUGACGCGAGUUUCGGAGGAAAAUGGCGUCUAGGAAGCGUCUGUAGUGAAUUUGCUCCGUAAAUCGGUGUCGCGGAGGCGUGUCCGAAAGCGGCGUCCGCCACCACUGCUGCUGCCCCCACGAUCAGCAGCACGGGCUUCGGUUGUCGGGUCAGCGACGUCACCGGUAGAUGAUGACGUUCCCCGGCAUUUUGACUGGGGUUCCGCUCUUGGCCGUCGUCAUCCUAGCUACUGCUGGCCAAGUCUUCUCAAACGGAAAUUAUUCGGAUUUUCCGUACAUCCAAUAUUUAACACAUCCUCCCGAGAUCACCAUGAAGCCCCGCAACCUCCAAGUCAAGGCCGGCGGCAUAGCGGCCUUCUACUGCGCGGCCAGAGGUGAUCCGCUUCCGGUGAUACAGUGGAAGAAAAACGGAAAGCGAGUCUCAGGUUCCCAGACGCGAUAUCAAGUGAAAGAAUUUCCAGACGGAGGAUCUUUACUGCGAAUCGAACCAGUUAAAGCCGGCAGGGACGACGCCAACUACGAGUGCGUCGCCGAAAACGGCGUCGGGGACGCCGUUAACGCCGAUGCCACGUUGGUAGUCUUCGAAGUGGACAAACUGCCCCCGGGCUUCCCCCAGAUCACCCAGUCGCCGAUGACCAACAAGGUGGUGGAGAUCGGGCACAACGCGGUCCUGACUUGCUCCGCCACGGGAAUACCCACGCCCAAGAUCACCUGGUUGAAGAACAUGCUGCCGAUCAACACCAGCAACAACCCGCGGUACACCAUAAGGGACGACAUGCCAGGCGCCCUGCAGAUCAGAGACAGCGAAGAGAAAGACCACGGCAAGUACGAAUGCGUGGCGGAAAACGCAAUCGGCACCGAUUACUCCAAGUCGGCCCUGCUCUACGUCAAAGUACGUCGUGUACCACCCCAGUUUUCGAUACCUCCGCAACCGAUGAACGAGGUGAUGUUGGGCGCCAGCUUGAACUUGACGUGCGUCGCCGUCGGUUCGCCGAUGCCGUUCGUCAAGUGGCGCAAGGGUCUCACUCAGGACCUGACUCCCGAAGACAAGCUGCCGAUCGGGAAGAACACUUUAGAACUAACUAACAUCCAAGAGUCCGCUAAUUAUACUUGUAUAGCCGCCAGCGCUUUGGGGGUUAUCGAAUCCGUUGCUCAGGUCAAAGUACAAUCAUUACCGGGACCACCAUCCAAUAUUAAAGUGUCAGAAAUCACGGCCACUUCCGUCAGGCUGACUUGGUCCUACAACGGACCGGAAGAUUUACAGUAUUACGUCAUACAAUUCAAGCCAAAAUAUGCCAAUCAAGCUUACAGCGAGAUAUCAGGAAUAAUCACGAUGUAUUAUACGAUUAGAAGCCUUAGCCCGUACACCGAAUACGAGAUGUACGUCAUAGCAGUCAACAAUAUAGGUAGAGGACCGCCGAGCGCUCCGACGUUCGUUACGACGGGAGAAACAGCUGAAUCGUCUUUUGGAGGUGCCAAACCGGGAUCGUCUCCGAGAAACGUUCAAGUACGACCACUCAGUUCUAGCACGAUGGUAAUACAAUGGGACGAGCCGGAGACGGCGAACGGGCAAGUCACCGGAUACAAAGUAUACUACACCACCGAUGCGCAACAGCCCAUGUCCCAGUGGGAAUCUCAAGUCGUCGACAACAACCAACUGACGACAAUAAGCGAGCUCACCCCUCAUACCAUCUACACGAUUCGCGUCCAGGCGUUCACUUCCGUCGGUCCCGGUCCGCUCAGCGCCCCCGUCCACGUUAAAACACAACAAGGCGUGCCCAGUCAGCCCAGCAACUUGGUGGCGUCGGACAUCGGCGAAACCUCGGUCACCCUGGAGUGGAAGAAGCCGACGCACUCCGGCGAGAACAUCGUCAACUACGAACUGUACUGGAACGACACGUACGCCAAAGAGAAACACCAUCGACGCAUUUCGGUUACCGAGACGUACACUCUGACCGGCCUCUACCCGAAUACGUUGUACUACGUGUGGUUGGCGGCGAGGUCGCAGCGCGGAGAGGGAGCCACCACGCCGCCAAUACCAGUCAGAACCAAACAGUACGUACCGGGCGCUCCGCCCAGCAACGUUACCGGUGAGGCGGUAAGUCCUACUGCCAUCCGAGUCGACUGGGAUCCGCCGCCUGCUAACCGCAGCAACGGAAACAUAAUAUACUACAAGCUGCAGUACGUCGAAUCAGAUAGAUCAGAUAGCGAAGCUACCGAAGUUAGAUUGAACGCUACUAGUUUUGUGCUUGACGAACUAAAAAGGUGGACCACUUACCGCAUUUGGGUCCUGGCCGGCACCUCAGUCGGGGACGGACCCAGCUCAUUCCCGAUCACCGUACGAACCCAUGAAGAUGUUCCCGGCAACCCGCAAGACGUAAAAGUGACCCCAAUAAACUCCACCACGAUCAAAGUCGAAUGGAAGCCGCCCCAUCCGAAAGAAAGGAACGGCAUUAUCUUGGGUUACCACGUCCACGUACAGGAGACGAAAGAAGAAGGCAAAAAUUUACUCAACGACCCGAUGAAGUUCGACGUAUUCGGGGACGCCGUCCUCGACCUGAACGUGACCGGCCUCCAGCCGGACACGAGUUACGCCAUACAGGUGGCAGCACUGACCAGGAAAGGAGACGGCGAUAGGAGCACACCGGUUCACGUGCGCACUCCGGGGGGAGUACCGAACAGACCGGCCCUGACCAUAAAGGUCAUCGAACGAGAGCCGACCGUCACGAUAGAGCUGGAGUGGACCAGGCCGUCGGCGACGUACGGCGAGCUGAAAGGGUACAGAUUACGGUACGGCGUCAAAGACCACGAACUCAAGGACGUCAAUCUCAAGGGCACCCACACCAACACGUACCGCAUCAACGAUUUGGAGCGCGGCGUCGAGUACGAAUUCCGCGUCGCCGGACAGAACCACAUCGGAAUCGGACAGGAGGCCAUCAAGUACUUGCACACGCCCGAAGGUCCGCCGACGGGAGCGCCCGUCAACAUCACGUCCCGCUUCCAGACCCCGGACGUGGUGUGCGUCACGUGGGGUCCUCCUUCUCGCGAGCACCGCAACGGACAGAUCAUCAAGUACGACAUCCAGUUCCACAAGAAGUCGGAUCAUAGUAACGUUAUCACGCGCAACGUUUCGACUACGAAAGCCGUCUUCACGAAUCUGGAGGAGAACACGGAGUACGUUUUUCACGUGAAAGCGUACACGCUGCAAGGCGCCGGUCCGGUUAGCGAGAAAUACACGAUCACGACCGAUCGGGACAUCGGUCGGGCGCCCAUGUCGGUGAAGGCGGUAGCCACGUCCGACUCCAGCGUGGAGGUGUGGUGGGAACCGGUACCGUCGCGAGGGAAAAUCGUCGGCUACCAGAUCUUCUACACGAUGACGGCGGUCGAGGAUCUGGACGAGUGGCAGCAGAAAUCGGUGGAACUGACGGAAUCAGCUGAUUUGGUGAACUUGGAGAAGUACGCGCAGUACGCGGUGGCGGUGGCAGCUAGGAUGAAGAACGGGUUAGGAAGAUUGUCGGAGAAGGUCACCGUCAAGGUGAAACCGGAGGACGUGCCGUUGAAUCUGCGGGCGCACGAGGUGUCCACGCAUUCCAUGACGCUGACGUGGUCGCCGCCGAUCCGGCUCAACCCGAUCAAGUACAAGAUCUCGUUCGACGCGAUUAAGGAAUUCGUGGAUUCGCAAGGGAUCACCCAGACGCAGAAGAUCGAACGAUCGGAAAUUCUGUUAGGGGACGAUAUUCGGACGUAUACGAUCAACAAUUUGUCGCCGUUUACGACGUACAACGUGAACGUGAGUGCGAUUCCGACGGAUUAUUCGUACCGGCCGCCUACGAAGAUUACGGUGACUACGCAGAUGGCGGCACCACAACCUAUGGUCAAGCCGGACUUUUACGGGGUUGUCAACGGGGAAGAGAUUCACGUGAUUUUGCCUCAAGCGUCGGAGGAGUACGGUCCCAUCAGCCACUACUAUUUGGUGGUGGUACCGGAAGACAAGACGCAAGCGAACAAGAAUCCCGAUCAGUUCUUGACGGGUACCCUAAUCGAGAACAAAGAGAAGGCUUUGACCAAUCCGAAUUUGCCCUACAUCGCCGCCAAGUUUCCACAGAGGAACAUCCCCUACACUUUCCAUCUCGGAACGGGCGAAGACAACGACGGUUUUACCAACUUCAAGCUACAAAGGGGACGCAGGUAUCGCAUUUUCGUGCGAGCGGUAGUGGACACUCCGCAAAAGCACCUGUACACCAGCAGCCCGUUUUCGGAGUACUUGUCGCUCGACAUGAGAGAAGUACCGCCCGGGGAUCCCCCGCUACGGCCAAACCCCAACGUUCCCACCGACAACGACGUCAAAGUAAGCUCGCACCGCAAAGAAGCCGGAGUCCUGUGGAUAAUCGGGCCCAUCAUAGCCGCCUUGCUCCUAUCUCUGAUUUUCGUGAUCGUUUUCAUAUACAGGAAGAGGAGGCAGCCUUGUAAGACCCCGGACCAAGCGGCGGUCACCCGUCCCCUCAUCCCCGCCGACUUGAACAGCAGCAUAGCUCCGAGCGAUCCCGUGGAGAUGAGGCGCUUGAAUUUCCAGACGCCCGCGAUGAUCUCGCAUCCCCCGAUCCCGAUCCUCGAACUGGCCAAUCACAUCGAACGGCUCAAGGCCAACGACAAUCUCAAGUUUUCGCAAGAGUACGAGAGCAUAGAGCCCGGCCAGCAGUUCACGUGGGAUCACUCCAACAUGGACGUGAACAAGCCGAAGAAUCGCUACGCAAACGUGAUCGCGUACGACCACAGUCGCGUGAUCUUGCCGCCCGAAGAGGGCAUCCUAGGUAAUAAUUACAAAAACGGUGUUGUCAGUGAUAGCAUUGAGAAUUUUUGUCGUACAGGUAGCGACUACAUCAACGCCAACUACUGCGACGGCUAUCGCAAACACAACGCUUACGUCGCCACACAGGGACCCCUCCAGGAGACGUUCGCCGAUUUCUGGCGCAUGUGCUGGGAGCUGAAGACCGCGACUAUCGUCAUGAUGACCAAGUUGGAGGAGCGCACGAGGAUAAAGUGCGAUCAGUACUGGCCGACGCGCGGCUCGGAGACCUACGGCAGCAUGUCCGUGUCGAUAACGGACGUGCAGGAGCUCGCCACCUACUGCAUCCGCACCUUCCAGAUCCAUAAACAAGGGUUCACCGAACGACGAGAGGUCAAGCAGUUGCAGUUCACGGCGUGGCCCGACCACGGAGUGCCCGACCACCCGGCUCCGUUCCUCCAGUUCCUGAGGCGCGUCCGCAGCUUGAACCCGGCGGACUCGGGGCCGAUCGUGGUGCACUGCUCGGCGGGCGUCGGUCGCACGGGCUGUUUCAUCGUCAUCGACUCGAUGUUGGAACGGAUGCGGCACGAGAAGACGGUGGACAUCUACGGACACGUGACGUGCCUGCGGGCCCAGAGGAACUACAUGGUGCAGACCGAGGAUCAGUACAUUUUCAUACACGACGCGCUGUUGGAGGCGGUGAUUUGCGGCCAGACGGAGGUGCCAGCGAGGAACCUGCAGUCGCACAUUCAGAAGCUGAUGCAGCUGGAGCCUGGAGAGAACGUGACGGGGAUGGAGCACGAGUUCAAGAAACUGGGCAACAUUAAGACUGAUUCGUCGCGGUUCGUGACGGCGAAUUUGCCGUGCAAUAAACACAAGAAUAGGUUGGUGCAUAUCUUGCCGUACGAGAGUACGAGGGUUUGUUUGACGCCGAUGCGGGGGAUCGAGGGCUCGGAUUAUAUCAACGCCAGUUUUAUCGACGGAUAUCGGUAUAGGAAGGCGUACAUCGCGACUCAAGGGCCUCUGGUGGACACCACCGACGAUCUGUGGAGGAUGCUGUGGGAGCACAACUCGACGAUCAUCGUCAUGUUGACGAAGCUGAAGGAGAUGGGAAGGGAGAAAUGUCAUCAGUACUGGCCUAGUGAUCGCUCAGUGCGCUACCAGUGCUUCGUAGUCGACCCCAUAGCCGAGUACAACAUGCCUCAGUACAUCCUGCGCGAGUUCAAAGUCACGGACGCCCGAGAGGGGUCGUCGCGGACGGUCAGACAAUUCCAGUUCACCGAUUGGCCAGAGCAAGGCGUACCGAAGUACGGAGACGGCUUUAUCGAUUUCAUCGGUCAGGUACACAAGACUAAGGAGCAGUUCGGCCAAGACGGACCAAUCACGGUGCACUGCAGCGCGGGCGUCGGCAGAACUGGCGUGUUUAUCACGCUGAGCAUAGCUCUAGAGAGGAUGCAGUACGAAGGCGUCGUCGAUAUUUUCCAAACUGCGCGGAUUUUGCGUACGCAGAGACCGGCCAUGGUCCAAACGGAGGAUCAGUACCAGUUUUGCUACCGGGCGGCUCUGGAAUACCUGGGCUCUUUCGACCACUACACCAACUGAUGGUCGUGUUAAACCGAGCUGUUCGUUCUACUGCCAAAUCGAACGUUUGGAGCAAGUUGCGUUCUCAUUUAAAACCAAAUAGUGAAUUUCAAAUUAAAUCAGAAAAUAGUGUGCAAAUGUGUGUAAACUAUGUGCCUAACAUAUAUGUUGGAAGAUAUAAAAUACAAGAAAAAUCCUGUAUAGUUUGCUCUGUGCACAACACGUGGACUCAUGACAAAGACUAGUAGAAGAAAUUUUGUAUCAUAUAUCGUGCAAUUUUCAUACCUAUCGAGAUUACGUUCGACUGUACCUCUUCGUUCUGUUGAAUUUUUGAUGUUGUAAUCAUCUUUUUUGUACAUUUUAGGUGAGAUGUAACUCGACUACGUAUAUGUUGUAAGACUCUAGGGCAUGUUCAUUUAGAGUUUUUGAAAAUGUUCAUAUCAUUUUUCUGUAAUCGUAACCAUUGCAGCUACAUUUUAUGAGCAGCCAUCCUGAGAAAAUUUUUACUUAAUUUUUUUUGUCCACAUCUUUGAAUCUCAUUAUUUUAGGAUCUCCUCUUUAUGAGUUUUUAUAUCUAUUUACAACCAUAUGUUAUAUCUAUUUUUUAUGUAUUUUAAUGUGUAAUACUCAAUAGAUUUCUAAAAAUGUAUCUACGUACAUACAUUAGGUUAUAAACGUUGUUUAUAUUCAUUAUUUGCGACAAGUUGUUUAUAUUUUGUAAUAAAUCAUGACCGUUGUAGCACAGGAAUGAAUGAAAUGAGAUUUUGAUGAAAAUAAAGUUCUAGAUUUUA